AGCUAAUGGGAAUAGAUGUGUGUGUGUCUGUUGUUUCUUAAACGUGGGAUCACCCAGCUGAUCUAUGUGAACAGAUUGGAAUUGCUAAGUGACUUUACUAGCACAGCCAAUGGCUUUCAUGCUGUAAGCCAGACUCAACAGAAGGGGCUGAUUGUGGUGUGAGGUCCUAUUUUAGCUGUGACUCCUGUGCUUCUCACCCCCUCCCUACUCGGGAAAGUCUCAGAAGCUGCUGCUGGAGGGGGGUGGAAGGGGGAGCUGUCCAAAACUGUAGUGCUGAAUCAAAGACGAAGCAUAAGAGUAACAGUAACAAGAAGAUAAGAACAGAUUUUCAAAACCCUGGGAUACUUCCAUUAACAGACAGUGCUGCAGAAACAGCAAGGGGGGUCUGAUCCUCUGCUGGAAGAUACUGUAUUUAGAAGAAGAUCUUAUAAAGAGAUUUCAUGGACAGUAAAGGUGUUGCGUGUAUAGUGAUGGUAACCAGAGGUUGGUUUCCCUGCGCUUGAACCCUCAGACUACAAAACAAGAGCUGUAAGUGGCACAGGAGCCUCACUCAGCCCAGAAAACCCUGUGAAGUCCAGGCUCAAAGCCCUGAGUGCCCAGCGAUCAUGGCCUUUAUGGUGAAGACUAUGGUGGGAGGUCAGCUGAAGAACCUCACAGGAGGUCUAGGGGUCAGAGAAGAGAAGGGGGAAAGUGAAAAAUCUCCGGCUGAAGCACAAGGGAUGACUAGGGAAGAGUAUGAAGAAUACCAGAAGCAGCUUUUGGAAGAGAAGUAAGUGACCUGUAGGCUUGUAUUGAUUAAAACAUGCUUGCCCUAUCACCCAACACACCAGGUUAUAUAGACCAACCUUCUACAUACUGCCUCCUCUCUCUGCCAAAGCAGACUUUAUAGAGAGCUCUCUGCAUUCUGACGAUAGAAUUGUCAGUAUUAGGUGUGAGGACUCUGAAGUUCUAUUUCCCUCUGAUAAUUGUUGGUCACUGUUUGAUGUGAUGACUGGCAUUGCUUUGUCUUUAAAAUAGGAAAUCAAUGUAAAUAUAUAUAUUUGUGUGGAUUGAGAUGGCAGAGAUCAGCAAUAGUGAAUGGCAUAGAGACAUGUUUUGAAUAUUUGAUGUGUUCUAUGUAUGUGUGUGUAUGUGUGUAUUUGUGUACACAUGAGUAUAUAUAAUGAGUUAUGUACAAUUAAUUAAAUAAUAACUAGUGAAGACUGUAUAUCUUGACAUACUAUACCAGGCAAACAGCAUAUACUAUCAUAUAACGUUUAAAUGUGUGAAGACCCUUUAUUCAAACUACAACAGCUGAAAACUGAAUUUAAACCAAUGUAUCUCCCUCCAAAUGAUGUACAGUACAGAGUAUGCUUUGUGACACAACAAUUAAUCAUUUACUAAAGUUAUUCCUAUUAUUUUCUAGCAGGAACCAACAUAAUGUAAAUGGCCUUUGAUUGUUUUUUUAAAUUAGCUUUGCGCCCAAUUCUUAAAUUAUUAUUUUUUUAAAAAACAAAAAAAAAAUACAUUUGACUCCUUUAAUUGUGAAAUAGUUUUUUCUUUGCACUGGGUUCAAGCUCUUAUCGUACAAUACCUAACAUACUGGCCAGUGGCCACGACUUGUGAUUUGAAGAGCAUCUUUCACUCCAUGAGGGCCGACUAAAAUAAAGGGGUUAAGAACCAGUGCAAAGUAUACCAUCCAAAAAUAUAUGCAGAGGAAUGUCUAUAUCGAAUGGCAAGACUUAUGCCAUGUUGAAGAUUGUUAGGAUUAGGGUAUAUAGGGACAUAUAAGGGUUACAUUUAUUGUUUUGGUUUUUUUUCCUUCUAAAUUUCCAUUCUGUCAUCGUUAUCUUUACAUACUCCCUGCUUGUUUAAAUCCAGUUGAUCCUGAGCCAACUAGAGAAUUGGGAAAAGUAAACUGUUGAAAUUCAUACCCAAAUUAUUUAAAUUACUGUUUUAAUGAUCAGCCAUUUUAAUUAUAUUUUAAUACAUUUUAGUCAGCCUGCUGUGAAAAAAUAAAUACAGAAUAAAUAUUUUGGUCAUUACCUCACCCUACUUCCUGUUUUUCAUAUGUAGUCUACAACAUGUUACAAAGAGAAACUCUCUCCUAUUUCCUGUUUCUCAAAUAAUUCUAAAAUAUAUUAAAAACAAAAAAAUGUGGAUAGAAAGGCAGUCAGUCAGGAAAACCAAGGCCAUGUGCAUGCUGGGAUAUAUCAUUGUUUUACAUACAAAGCAGGAAAUAUGUUGGCCAAAUAUCAUAACUGCUAAAAUAUUUAAACAAUGUUAACAUGUUCUAGUGAGCAUUUCAACAUAUCACUAAAAUUUUUAAAUGUGUUUAAUUAAAACACAUUUCUCAUAUAUCAUCCAAAUAAGUCACUAACUGUUUGCUUACUAUUGGCUUUAUAGAGGGUUAGAGAGGGUUCAGAGAAGGGCUACUAAACUGGUUCAUGGAUUGCAGGAUAAAACUUACCAGGAAAGGUUAAAGGAAUGUAACAUGUAUAGCUUGGAGGAAAGACGAGACGGGGGGGAUAUGAUAGAAACAUUUAAAUAUAUAAAGGGAAUCAACACGGUAAAGGAGGAGACUAUAUUUAAAAGAAGAAAAACUACCACAACAAGAGGACAUAGUCUUAAAUUAGAGGGACAAAGGUUUAAAAAUAAUAUCAGGAAAUAUUACUUUACUGAGAGGGUAGUGGAUGCAUGGAAUAGCCUUCCAGCUGAAGUGGUAGAGGUUAACACAGUAAAGGAGUUUAAGCAUGCGUGGGAUAGGCAUAAGGCUAUCCUAACUAUAAGAUAAGGCCAGGGACUAAUGAAAGUAUUUAGAAAAUUGGGCAGACUAGAUGGGACGAAUGGUUCUUAUCUGCCGUCACAUUCUAUGUUUCUAUGUGUUUGGAUUCAAUUUCUCUCCUUGUAGUCUGUUGGUUUUAGUACAAAUAUAUUGACAGGGGUAGCCUGUAUAACGAAAUCAUACAGCAGUGUUUGUAUCAACCAAAGCAUUUGUAAGAAUGCAGACAGUGUUAACAUGGUUGAAUAUAUAAGAAUCUUAUAAAUGAUAUAAUAAUUUUAAAUAUAUCUCAACUCACCUGUUGUGUGUUUGACUACAUUUGAUCCUUGUGUCAUUACUUCCAUUGAAAUGUUCAUAAUUUCUUUUUGUUUUUUGCCAUAUGAUUUUUGGUUUGCCAUAACUAUUUUUUAUUUUUUUAAAUCAAUUCUCUGUAAUACAUUUUUGUGAUACUUAGAGCAGCUCAAUCUGACAGAGUUAUAUACUACAGUGUAAAUUGCCUAAAAUUUGAAAUGUCCAGGUUAGUUUCCAUCCGUUCACAGAUUAGUGAAUAACCCAGUAUGUAAUUUGAUUUUACAUGCACCAGCAGGGAACAUAAAAUACAUUUUGUGAUGUUGUUUAUAGUACUCCGUUCCUUCACUCCCACUGUACGCCAGGUUUAGAUGUAAUUAAAAGGCAACACAUGAUUUGUGACAUCUUGUAAUGUGUACAUUGCAAAUAUCACAGGUAGGAAAGUGAUUAAUCAAUCCUGCAGCAUUUGAAUGCUGUAUAUCACAGGGUAACAUUCAUAAACUGCCCUUCAGAAUGAAGUGAUAUCUGCCCUGUCCUGGUAAAUAUUGCAUCUGUCCUGUUAUUUAGGCCAGACUCCAUUUUGUAACUUAAUUAAAUUGGCUAAUUAUUCACUAAAGCAGGAACUGUGGAGAACUGAGCAAGGAAUUACAAAUUUGUCUUCUAUUCUAGACAGUUCACGGUUUAGUAAAUUAGAACAUGUCUGUGUAGUUUAUUAAGUCCAUAAGAGAGGGUUGGCGGCUUUUAGUGAACUGGUUAUAUUUAGAGUACAGUUAUAUUAUUUGUGAAUUUGCUCCGUUGUCGCUGCAUCGUCCUGCCGAACCUCAGACAUGUGACAUUCAGGUUGGUUGAAACCCUGGCUUUGAGCAAUAGUUUGUAACUCCAGAAUUGGGACCCAAAUUUAGGUUCCCAUGCUAUUUAAGUUGAUCCCUAGUCUAUAUAGAGCACAUCAUAUUCCUCACUUCCAAUGCAGCUGCCCACAAUUGCUUGGUAACAACUGCAGCAGCACUGACAUGCCCUGUACAAUGAAGACCCUCUGGCACUGGGAAGUAAUUGUACAGUGCUGCGGAAUAUGUUGGCACUUUAAUAUAUAAAUAAAUAUAUCUCACCUGUACCAUAAAUCACUGAGUUAAUUUUACAUCACGUGGAAGAAUGGGGUCCAUGCUCAUGUAGUAAACAUAAUUUGUGUUCCUGUUUAAAAAAAAUUUAAAAAAAGUUUAAGAGUUACCUGGGGGCAUAAUUAUCCAUUAGAAUUUACUGCUAUUAAUACCCUGAAACCAGAUGUAUUAUAUUUAAAGGGGAUGCAUGUUUUAAAUUAUAUUUAGGAAAGCUUAUGGCCUCCCAGAGUAACCUCCACCUCACAUACCUGUCCCUUGCUCUCUCCUAAAGGGCAGCACUCUACUCUCUCCUCCAGCUCUACUUCACUCCCACUUUGUUUGAUUGCUACCUCCUGUCCUGUUGUGUUUUACACCCUACCUCCUAUAGUCUGUAAGCUCGUUUGAGCCGGGCCCUCUUCAACCUAUCGUUCCUGUAAGUUUUUGUAAAUGUCUCAUUUAUUGUUAAAUCUCCCCCUUUGAUAAUAUUGUAAAGCGCUAUGGAAUAUGCUGGCGCUACAUAAAUACCAGUUAUAAUAAUAAUAUUAAAGAUUAAUCAAUUUACAUCAUAAUCCAGCUGAGUCCUGGCACAGCCAAGGCACGCAUUGUCAUGGAGGAGACAUACAAACACCUCGGUUAAGUAUACAAAUGUCUGUUCUGAAAAGUGAUGCACACAUGGAAAAUGGGUGGAGUCACAAAUGCAAUGUGCAUUCUUAUUCCAUUGGUUUCCAUGGUGACUGCCCCAUUUUUAGCACUUUAGAUCCACUGUUUGAAGCACAAUACCUUUUAUAGACAAUCAUCGUUGUUUCUAUUUCUACUCCUCUCUCUGUUUUCUCCCUGUACAGACUGGCUGUUGCAAAGGGCAGAACUUAUAAAACAAGUGCACUAUGUUUACAAAUACCUGAAUUAUAGCUAAAUUAAAUGCAACAUGGGAUUUAAGGGAUUGACUUCAUUAAUCUGUGAUUUGCUGGCCUUAGGAGAGAUGGAUAAUUAGUGGCUGGGUGUUUAUGAUAAUGUUUGUUCCAAUGUACAUGAAACCCUUAAUAACUAGUUUUAGGCAAAAUUCAUGUUAGCAAGUCUGGCCUGGCAUGCCAGUAGUUAAGAUGGCCAACGUUAGUUUGUACUGGGAUUUAUCAAGGCAAAAAACAGGUACUAUACAGGGGGGAAAUAUACCAGUCACUGUGGAAACCAAUGUUUAGCACAUUGCCACAGAUUUUGUUUUAGACAAAAAUGGCUGUUACACAGGAGAUCAUCAAAUAAUUUCCACAAUUCUUUUUUCAAGUGAUAAUGAUUUUAACGCAGGUUUUUUAAUCUGCAGAGACGUUGGGGUUUACUCCCUAAACCCCCCAUUGCAGUGAAUGAAAAAUGAAUUGUAAAAUGUAUAUAUAAAAAAUCUCAAACUUAAUCAUAGUCACGUCUUAGAUAUUUUAGCCUUUACAUGGUUUUUCACUGAGGUUAGAAUUAAAAGUGAAUCCAAAGUAAAUUUCAAAUUUAAGGUCGCAAUAGCCACACCAGAAAAAUUCUCCAAGUGAGCUAUACUUUCAAUUGGGCUACUUUAGCGGGAAAUUUAAAAUUCUCACAUUAGUAAAUCUUCCUGUCAGUUGUGCAAUUCAGUUUUUUAAUUAAAAACAGACUAGUGUCCAUUCAAUACAUUUUACUGUGAAAGAGAAACCUUACAACUCUGGUAAUAAAUGUUAUAGGAUCCAAAGAAAUUGGGGUUUACCGGAAAACCAAAGCAAACAGACAAAACAAACCGUGUUUGGGUGCUGAAUAGGUUGUGGGACCUGCCUGCACAGUAUUAUUUGAUAAAGUGAGAACGUAAUGUCUUCAGAUAAUGUACCUGAAGACAUUAUCUCAGCCAGCAAUGCUUUCAUCUCAGCCACUUCAGCCUUAAUUUGGAAAUUCAGUUUGAAUUCUUCCUUUAGUAAAUAACCCUAUUUAUUCUGUUCGGUUACAGCGUCUCUCUAUCUAGCUAUUGUAUUCCUUAUUAUUUCAUGUAAAUUAAUUUAUUCCACAGAUUUGAGUUUAAAAACUAUUGAUGUAAUUAAAAUGUUUGAAUACCAGAAACGUGAACUUUGGGAGAGAGUAAAAGGAGAAAAAAUAGUUUUUUUUUUCUUAAAUAUUUUCUGAAAUAUUACACUGCAUUAAUAAACUGCUUGGAAAAUAUGCCGUGCUGCCUGUGUUCUAUCAUUAGAAGAAAACAGACUGCGUUGAAUUUAAUUAGGGCAGUGACGUGUCAAUGCUGUCCCUAUCACACCAUCAGCACCACUAAUCUUUUUUUCCAGGUAUGUGGUUUCGCUUCUCAUUGUGACGGUGUCCCUUUUCACUGCCCUUGAUAGUUGCUAAAUUGGGCAAAAUUGAUUUUCUCCAAAAAUAAUGGAUCGUGGCAUUUUAGACGGGCAUCAAUAACAGAGCUAAGCAUAGCAAGGUCAGUGGUUCCAUGGAGAAGGUGACUUCUAUGUGAAAAAAGUAUUUUCAAAAUACCGCCAAGGUACAUCAUGUCUCCCAACAAUUCCCAUUUCGGCAGGAAAAUUCUCAGUCCAUAUUUUGAUUUGUGUAGACGCACUUGUGCUGUGAACGGGCACUAUAAUCAUGCAAGGAGUGCGUUAGCAGUGCUCUCUGCACUGUCCUGUUUGCUGGGAGUCGGCCAUGCUGGUUGUCAAUCACCCUGACGUUCUUGAUGUCAGGCUCACACACCCCUUUUCCAUGCAGGCUUGCGUAUUACGGGCGUCACUAGUGAACUGAAUCGCGUCACUGGUGAUGCCCCCCCAUUGUUCACCCACCCAUUUCGAUCUCAUGCCUCCCAACAUUGGGAGGUAUGGUACAACAUACCACUAGGCUACAAUGUACCACUGAGAUACAACAUACAUCCGAGAUACCAGGUCAAGAUAGAUGUAUAUUUUUAUACCUGGGCGCCACCAUUUUGUUAUUCUCUGCCCAUGACGUCUGCGGUUUUCACUUCUGUAGGAUUCUUUUGACUGAUGAAUUAUGGGUAAAUUCGCUUAGCAACUGACUGAAAUGGAACUUAGCUCAAGACUAACCUAUUGCAAAGCAAAUGGCCAAAUAUCAGACUUAUUCUACAAUGAAUUGAAAAAAAGAAAUGGGACAAAAAAAGAAUUAAUUAAAAAACUGCACCAGCAAAAUGACAUUGCUUCUUUAAAGGGCAUUCCAUUAACGUACUAUGGAUGUUGGAAAAUGUGUGGCAUUGUGAGAUAUCAAACAUUGGGUAGUUUGAGGUGGAUUUAAGGUAAUAGUGCAAAAGACUGGUUGGCCACUAAUUCUGUGACAUUUACCAGAAGCUAGUUUUAAAGGCUUAUUUUAGCCUAUCCUACACUGAAUAUUAUUGUGAAAGCAGUUAUUUCUUGCACUAAGCAUGUUCAUGAGAAAACUUUGGAAAAUAACAUUUUAAAAAAGCAUAUGUAAAUGUAAGUAAGGUGAAUAUUGACUAGUAAAAAAGUGGCAUCACUGUCACCCCCCACCCCGAAAUGAAUACUUGAUAAAGAUGUAAUCUUUAUGAAAUACUCAUAUUGACUGCGUUAAUAUUUCACUGAAAUUCCAACCCAGUCAAAAGAUAUAUUGAGACAAAGUAGGGACUCACUCACGCCUGACACUUCUAGACACUGUGCGGAGCUACUACUGUCUAGAACUGUCAAUCUUCCAGCCAUCAACAGUGAUGGCUGCAAGGAAAAGGUUCUCUCUAUCCUCCAUAGACUUUAAAGGACCACUAUAGUGCCAGGAAAACAUAUUCGUUUUCCUGGCACUAUAGUGCCCUGAGGGUGCCUCCACCCUCAGGGUCCCCCUCCCGCCGGGCUGGAUGGAGAAGAAGGGGUUAAACUUACCUCUUUCUCCAGCGCCAGGCGGGGAGCUCUCCUCCUCCUCUCCUCCCUCUUCUCCUCCUCUUCGGCUGAAUGCGCAUGCGCGGCAUAGAAAAAAGGGUUAACUCUAGAUGGACCAGGCACCUAGACCACCUCAUUAAGCUGAAGUGGUCUGGGUGCCUAUAGUGGUCCUUUAAUGCUGUACUCUCGCGCAUGCACAGGAGCUCCAGGAGCAAAAUAGGACCGGCUGGAAGAAGACGGUGGCGCACGUAAACGACUGGUUCAGGUAAGUUAAACUCAUCCCUACCUGCCCUUGGCCACUGGAUUCACCAGUAAUGAUGUCCCGUUUUUUUUUUUUUUUUACAAAUUAUACAAAGUCCUCAGACGGUGACAUAGCUGCUUUAAGAAAAAGUUACAAAAGUGUUUCAAAUAAAUUGUUUGGACUUCUGCUUGUACAUGCUUGAGUUUAUUGUUGCUGCAAAUGUGUGAGUUCUAAUUUAUUUUAUACAUACAUUUACUUUCAGAUGAACCAUUUUUAUUUUUUUUUUUAUUUAUUGUAGCAGCGUUUGCUUCUGCACUAUUUUUAGAACCGAACACGUGCCGUUUUAUUUUUGCUUCUGCCCUUCAUAUGAAGGUGUUUGAUCUUGUGAUAGCAGUGUGAUUGCAGUUAUGGGAAGAAAAACAAAACAAAUGACUGGCAAUUGGGCAAACAGGACAAAUACCUUCUGGUUCAAGAGGGUUUUGGGCUGAGGGCAAGCUGGGCCCAAUAAAACAUAGGAGCAUAUAAUCAGGCAGCCGCCAUUUUUAAAACAUCUGGUCAAUUAUUUAUCACCUUUGCACAAUCAAAAGUUGUAAUUGUAGAAUUAUCAGAUAGAUGUUGCUAAAUAGAUCUGACAAUGUGUAGAAAUGAGACUGAAGAAAUAAAAAUCUUGAAUAUCCCAAUGUGUGAAAUUAACAUGAAAUUGUCUCUAAUUUAGCAUGGCUGUGCAAAUGAGUGUGAUUGUGUAAUUUAGUGAGAGUGGCAGAUUAGAUACAGGUAUGUGGCUAAUUAAAGGGUCACUCCACUGCCCAAUCACUGUUUAGUAGAUAUACCCCAGUGAAAACAAUGCAUUUUUUUAUCAGGGGGGUUUAAAUAAAAACAGCUUGUAAAAGCUGCAAAUCUCUUGUCUGCUGCCUUUGCAAGCCCUCCCCUUCUAACCCCGCCCAGAAUUUAAAUGACUGUCCAAUCACAGACUUCCUAAUGCAGCUUAAUGAGAAAUCUUUGCAAAGCUGGUGCUCUGGGCAAUUUCUGCCUCAAUUUAUCCUCAUUGAGCUUAACAACUAGGAAGUAACAGGAUCAGUGUUUAAGACUGACGGCCGGGAGGGGGAGUCGGGGGGUGUAACCAGGUUAAUUUAUAAACGUGCCAAUUUCUACUGAAAUGUGCAUAUUUUGUAAAAUGAAAGAAAAGAGUGCACACUCGUCACACAUAAAGCACUUGAGCAAGUCAAAGUGCUUUAGAGUUCAGGAAAGUCCCUUUAAGUGUAUUAAAUUGACAAAAGUAUCUGUAUGUCUAUUGUGCUAGUAAUAAAGGGCCUAUGAUAGCUAAAUUACAUCACUGGGUCCACCUAGCUGCUAUGCUGUAUCAGAAUGAGUACAUUUCAUAUUGCUACAUUCCAGGUACAUCCUGAGGUGUUGGUAUUCUUAUUAUUGCUCUGUUCGAAGGCUCUGAUUUUAUAAACCUCAGAUUGGUGAAUACAGUUGACCAAAACACAAAUUAAACCUGCAGUUUCACCGGAUGCUGCAGAAACUGGAUCGCAACCCACUGAGUGGCUACAGUGAUCCUUUUAACUAGAGUAUUAAUGCUUCCUGUUGCAAGUGAGCUUCCGAUUGAGACAGAACUUUUUGGCAAACAUGGAGAUCUUAUAGAGGAGGCUUCACAUGUAACUGAAAUUGCUGCUAUUAUAGGGGAGGUUUUAUUAUUAUGUUAUGUAUUUGUUAAAAAUAUUGGAUAAUUACACCAAAUCCAGAAGAAUUUAAUGGAUAAUUUCAUACAAAUGUUACCAAUCGUCUAAGUCGGGAUUUUCAGCUUAAUAACUAGUCCAAAAUCGCUUUGUUUCUUUAAGUGCCAUUAAGUCCCAGUCAGAUCCAGGACAAAUCAGAUGCACUCGAGUUGAACUUAGCGGAGUGACCUCAAUAAAUACUCCGCUCUGGAAUUGAAUGAGAGGGAACUGAGCUGUUACUGAAGUCACUGGAUUUCCAAUUGAGCUUGAUACGCAAAUUGUCCUUGCGCUCAACUUUUCCUUUAAUUUAUUUUAAGGGAACUACAUGUUCCAGGAAACCAUUCUCCAGAUUACACAAGCUGUUGUGUUGACAUGUCAGGAUGGAUUUAUACAUUCUAAAACGUUUACUCUCUAUUAUCUGCAUGUUGCAGUGGAAUCUUCUGUUGCCUGAAUAUGAUCACAUUCAAAAACAGUGGUUCCCAAACCAGUUCUCGUGACCUACAACUGUAGGUUUAUUGUAUUUUCAUUUUCUAUUUCAAUAGAGAUAGUGACAAACCUGGACUGUUACUGGGCUGUGUGGAUUGGUUUGGGAAGCAGCGUUCUAGAGAUUGGUCUUCGUGUUCAUAGCUGAUAGGAUUAAAUAUGUGUGGUGUAACCGCAAAAACAAUUGGGCUACUCCUUUUAGCCUUCUUUACCUACGUGGUGUUUUGAUGUUUUGUUUAUUUGUCGCACUAUUCUCUAGUAAAAUUUAGAGAGUACAGUGCAUAGAAAUCCCAACCGUUCAUUGUAUGUAAACAAGGAAAGAAAUGCUAUAAUCCUAUAGCAUUUAAAAAGGGCUUGUUCACGAAACGUCUGUUUAUCCUGUGUCCUCAAAUAAACCACAGUAGCACCUGGGUGUGCACAACCAAACUGGAUGUGCAGAACUCCUUUUCUUUCCUUGUUUGCUGACAUUUGUGCCUCUACCUCAUGUCAUACACACACACACAGCACCCUUCACACACACACUGCACCCUUCACACACACUGCAACACUCAUACACACACGGUGCACCCUUCACACACAUACUGCACCUCACACCCAUAUCCAGCAUCCCUCAACCACACACUGCCCCCUCACACAUACUUUACCUCUCACACACAAACACAGCACCUCACAAACACAAAUAGAAAAAAAAAAUAGAAAAAAGAAUAGAAAAUAGACAAAAAGGAAAAAAAUAGAACUUUAGUACAUAUUUCUUUUAGUACAAACAAACAAAAAAACUUGCGCUAUAAAAUUAAUUACUGCUGCACUGGUGGGCAAUAAGGAAAUGUUACCAUCAACCAAGAUACAAAAGUGGGUGGUAGGUAGUAAAAGGUUGACUACCCCUGGUUUAUAACAUAUAUCGAAAGAAACUAUACACACACUACAUCUACUACGCACAGACACUGCAUCUAAUACACACAAACACAACAUCCAAUACACAAACACACACUCUGCAUUCACUAUACACACUACAUCCACUUCACACACUGCACCUAAUACACAUAAACACUACAUCAUUACAAAAUCAUACGAUCUGCAUCCACUAUCCACUGCAUUGCACACACCACAUUCACUACACACACACACUGCAUCCUUGAGGGAAGACUCAGGAUGGGCCCUGUGGGCUGAUUCGGGGUGAGUCCUAAGGGGCCCAGACCUUGAGCUGUGUCUGAUGGCAGCCCUGUUUACACCCAUUAAGGUUUCAAUCAUUUUCAAACAAUAAUGUCUAAUUUACUCCCAUUUGAUGUAUAGUAUAACAAGUGUCACAUCUUUUUUAGCAGUAUUAUCCCUUACAUUUCAAGUAAAGCGUAAACUCAGUCUGGCUACAUCUUCUUCAGCAAACACCAGCACUUCCAAAUUUAACAGAGUGUCCAUUGAUUCAACACAGAAAGAAAUGAUAAAGGUGGAAGCAUUGCAUAAAGACUCAGAUGUAUUCUACUUUUGAACUACAAGUAACAGCCAAUGCCUCAGUUGAAACAGUCCCUAAUAUCAUGAUGCCAAUCCAUUCUAAACCCAAGUGUCAGGAGUAAAACCUGGGGUCCAUGUUAUUUUCAGUAGGUCUCAAAUAGUUUCCACAAGUACAUUGAUUCAGGCAAGUUACUAUAAAACUUCCCACAAAAUUUCAAUCUAUAUCAGCUUUAACUUCCCUGGUGCCCUGAGAGCAUGUUGUCACCGGGAAGAAUUAGUUUUAUUACUAUACAAUAAGCUUUGCACAGUGAAAAGAUUUGGUUUAUCUAAGUCGAUUCAUCCGAAAAAAAUUUUUUCCUAUAGGAGAUUUGGGUAUCCUCUACCCUCUAUUUGGCAUUUCGGUCAGACAAAUGAUGCCCAUGUAAUUAUUUUUGCAAAAAAAAUUAGGAUAAUCCAAAAGGGCGCAAAAAUUGGUUAGUGUGUUGCAAAAUAUAAAUGUUAAAUAUUAAUAUUAUAAUGCAGUACACUUGUCUGUUUUGUUACGUGAUUCAGUCAUGUACCGUUUCGAAGUUUGGAAUUUCAGACGAACCGCUGACCCAAAAUUCAGACAAAUCACAGUUCGUUUGAAACAGAACGCACAAGUCUACUAUAUAAAUUAAAAUUAAUGGAUAAUAAUUGUGGUCCAGAAAGACAUACUGCCAUUGUUAUAUUCAUUACACGUGAUAAAUGGAGGUAUUCCCUCAAUAAACAAAUAACAUAAGUCCACACCAGCAUUGCAGAGGUUAAUGCCGCUUAAUUCUGAGUACUUUACAUUUCCAUCUAACUGUCUUGAGUUAUAAACGUCCCUAAAUGUAAUCCUUCCAUCUGCCAGGGACAGCCCCAGAACUGUUCAUGUACUGAACUGACUGAUUAGGGGCAGAGGGCAGACAGGGAGAUCACACAUGUUUGUUAUACACUACGACCAGGGGACGCAGGGACAUUCAUUUCUAUUAAUAGUCUCUCCGAGGGACAUGUUAAGCAUCACAUUUAGAGUUAGCAUUUUAAUCGCAUGCAAAACAAAUGACAGAUCUCAUCUGAAAGAUUGCAUGCAUACAAUUCCAUUUUAAUAAUGUCAACAUAAAACAGCAAACACUGAUUUAGCAAAACUAUGACUGUCACAUUUAAAGAACCCCUCGCCAUUGAAGUAUUGUAUAUACCUGCAGGUAUUGUCACAGCUCAGGGUACAUCAAUAUACCCAGCACUGAUAUUUCAUUUCCAGAAAACCCUAGCAUUGGUGAACGUGAGAAUAAAUUUAAUCUGCCUCAGACUGGCUUUAUUGGCAAAGAGAUCCACUGUAUUUUAAAUUCAGUCAUCUUUAACCCUAAAGAUACCCAUUAGAAAUUUAAAGCUGGGCCAUAAUGAUUCUGGGUUCUUAUGAACGCAACUCGAUUUCUGUGUCGUUCAGAUGGGCUGUUGGAAGAGUAGGGAAUUCUGUGGAGGGAGGGGACAGGCUGCGAUUAAAGGGACACUAUAGGCACCCAGACCACUUCAGCUCAUUGAAGUGGUCUGGGCUCAAUGUCCCUGUCCCCCUUAGUCCUGCAGUGUAAAUCAUUGCAGUUUUUGAGAAACUGCAUUUAUUACAUUGCAGGACUAAGAGUGCCCUGAUGUUAUUAUUUAUUUACUAAACAGGAAAUGAUUGAGAAUAUAAAGAAACUGCUCAUUUUAGGUCAAAAUAUCAAGACAGAAGGAAAUUAUUACUGGAUUUUAAACCCUAAAAAAUGCGUUAGGCAGUGAGAAUAAAAAAAUAUUGAAAAUUCAUACUCCUAGAUUGUAAGCUCAUGCCUUUUUAGUCAGUGUACAUGAAUUAAUAUUGACAAAGCUACGGUUCCAUUUUGUAUCAUAUCAGAUGAUAAUAUGAAUGAAGAUGCGUUGUACAUUGUGAGCCAUUAGUCUGACAGUACCAUAAAUAAGCUAAAAAUAAAUGAUUAAAAUCCCCUUUACCCAGUGCGUAAUCCUUCUUUUAACAUUAUUGCUUUUUAGUUGUACUGACUCCUAAGGAGCUUUUCCAAACAAGCCUCCGCACACAUGGUGUAUUAAAUUAGUAAGGGAGGGGAGACUGGGAUUAAAGCAUAUAUAUUGCUGGGGGCAUUGGCAUGAUUUAAGAGGAGCCACUGAAGCCCCUUAACCAUGUAUUGCUCCCGGGGGAGUUAGUCUAGAAAAUAACUGACUUUCCCAUAGAUACAUGGCUAAGGAUUAUUAGUUUAAUCCCUAGUGCAUUAAUAAUUUAUUUAUUUUUUAAAUUAGAGAAUAAUUGAUUUUUUUGCAUUAUUCUGUUUAGCAAAAUAUGCCAAAUAACAUUUAUUGAGAGUAAAUGUAUGAAACAAAGUGACUGAUCUUUGCUGAUGUCCAGCACCAUUGAGUGGGUGUAUUGUCAGAAAUGAAGAGUGAUUCACAUUCUAGACCUAAAUAGCUGAAUUAGAAAGUUUCUCAGGCAGCUAUUUUUUUUUCAGUUCAGCUAUAUUGGUCUUAAAUUUGAAAUUCACUUUCACGUUAGUGAAAACCCGUUUUACUGUAGUGCGAUAUAAAAUACCCUACCUCCAUUUCAGGACCGGUACAAAAGAAGAUGUAUUCAUGGAGUGCUACGGGAGUGGGGGUGUUGCAGUGAUUGGGAGGGGAGACGGGACCCUAUGGAGACAUCCCGGGAUGGCCGGGUUGAGGAGAGCGGGGCCUCUGGGCAGCCUGUGGAUAGGCACAUGACUUUGGGACCCAUAUUCCCCUGUAGCGGAUCAGGCGCCUUCCCUUCCCAUGUUGACAAGCACGCCCGAUGGGUCCUGAUGGUUGGGGGAGGGGGUCCCGGAGAUGUCGGGGACCUUAAGGCCAGAUAGGCGGGCUGGGUGACCCGGGCAGAGGGGCCCUCAGGUAUGAUGCCCACAGCACACACUCGCUAUUUGUUCUUUCCGGGUACCCGUCCCCCGUCCCUUGCCCCCCAUGCCUUUUUUCACCCUCAUACGAUCCCCACCCCCUCUGGAGUAUUAGUUAGGGUCAUCUGGGUUUUUUCAGGCUCACAGCAUAGACGUUCGGCCCAACUUAGUUGAUAACACUGGCAAUAGGUAAGAAAACAGUUUAGGCGGUGGAAUUAGGGACGGGAAGAUCGACCGGUACUCCCCGUACUAAAACACGAAGCCGGAAGGACCGGCACACAACCCUCCUAGGAUCCUGGCAGAUGGUAAGACCAGGGACACAUGUUUACUCUAUUUACUACCUCCUUUAUUCUUUCUUCUCUACCCUCUUAUACUCUCCCCCCCUUCUGCUCUCACCCUCCCCCUACCCGCCUGUUCUCAUUUCUCCUCUUUGGACCGGGUGCUUGGGGGGGUGGGGGGCCUCGUGGGGGGGGGUUGGCGGGGGGCGGAUGGCGGGGACGGGACAUUAGCGAGGCCGGACAGACACGACCAUGACACUAAAUAUCACCUCCCUAAAUGUUAAGGGACUGAACUCCCCCAAAAAGAGACGCCUAAUGUUCCGAGACUUAAAACGCAUGCGCCCCGAUAUUGCCUUUAUUCAGGAAUCCCACCUACCCAAACAAGCCACAGUCACCCUUAGGGACCAUACGUUCAAUACAGUAUAUGAGGCUAGAGCAGUAAACAAACGCAAUGGGGUAGCAAUCCUGCUUCGACAUGACUGCCCCUUCAGGGUCUCAGCCGUAGAGGGAGACAGCAACGGCAGAUACAUUAUCCUCUCCGGCACACUAAACACGCAAGUUAUACACCUUAUAAACGUGUACGCUCCCAACACCCCAGAGGGGGAUUUCUGGGCCUACUGGAGGGGAAGGUUCAGUCCCUCUCACAUGGCAUGCAGGUCCUAGGUGGCGAUUUUAAUGCGGCUCCGUGCCCAGCAGCAGACAGAAGCGCGAAGGCGGGGCAGCCACGAUCACAGGGCAGGGGUGCUUCGGACAAAGCGUUAUACAAAUUUAUCAGGGCAAUGGGACUCAUAGAUAUCUGGAGGGCACAGCACCCCGGAGACACAGAUUACACCUUCUUCUCGGCCCCCCACCACACAUACUCCCGAAUAGAUCUAUUCCUGGUAAAUAGCGCCACAGUGCCCAAAGUCGCACGUAGCAGCAUUGGAUCUAUCACAUGGUCGGACCAUGCGGACAUACACUUAAGCAUCCAGCACAUAGGUACAGCCCCCCCAUGGACGUGGAGGCUCAAUACCUCCCUUUUAAAUGAUCCCGAGGCAGUAGCCUCCAUACAGGAGAAGCUGUCCUUCUAUUUUACCACCAACGACUCCCCCGACUUAACCAAGGGAACACUCUGGGCGGCGCAUAAGGCGGUGAUCAGAGGCGCGUUUAUCCAACUCGCCACCCACAAGAAAAAAGCAAAAACACAACGCCUGCGCGAACUCAUGGAUUCCCUACGCACUAGGGAACAGUGCCACAAGACUUCCCCCACGGAGACCACACUUGCCCAACUAGACACGACUAGGCGGGCCGUUAGGGAGCUGCUUCUCGACGACGCAGCCCGUAGCCUUCUCUGGUCCAAAUGGACCUACUACGAGCAGGCUAACAAGAUGGACACUCUCCUAGCCCGCACCCUAAGACCACGACAAACACGCCACCACAUCACAGCACUGAAACAUCCGGACGGAACAAUAAAGACAGCCCCAACCGACAUAGCCUCGAUCUUCACUGAGUUCUAUAGAUCCCUAUAUAACCACUCCCCGACCACCACAUCGCAAUGGGCGAGCGAGAGGGAGAUGACAGCCGCAUUCCUAGGACAGCUAGACCUGCCCAAACUGUCCCCAGAGGAGACAGCCGCUCUCGACUCGGAGAUCACAAUAGACGAGGUAGAUAGAGCCAUCUCAAAACUCCAUGGUAAUAAAGCCCCAGGCCCGGACGGACUAAGCGGCAGAUACUAUAAAACCUUCAGAGAAACAUUAACCCCCCACCUGACGAACUUAUUCAACGACUUCCGGACAGGGGGCCUCCCUGACGGAGACCUCACUCGAGCAGACAUAGUACUGAUCCCGAAACCGGGCAAGGACCCGCAAUUACCGGGGAAUUACAGACCAAUAUCGCUCAUUAAUCAUGAUGCGAAACUACUAGCUAAAAUACUGGCAGACAGACUCAACCCUUUCCUCAGCAAACUAGUAGAUGCCGAUCAGGUGGGUUUUAUCCCAGGGAGGCAAUUAUUCGAAAACACGCGCAAGAACUGCGACAUCAUCUGGCGACAACACACUAACAAGACCCCCACCCUCAUAGUCUCACUCGAUGCUGAAAAGGCAUUUGACAGGGUGAAAUGGCCGUAUAUGUUUACUCUCCUCGACCACCUAGGACUCCCUGACACAUAUACUGCGACAAUACGAGCGCUAUACCACGGGGUCUCGGCACAGAUACGCAUCCCUGGGACCCACACGCUCCCCUUCCCAUUGUCCAACGGCACGAGGCAGGGCUGCCCGCUGUCCCCACUCCUAUUCGCUCUGGUACUGGAACCACUCCUUCAGGCGCUACGCAUUCAUCCUGAUAUCCAGGGAAUAACGGUUCAGGGACGGAAGUUCCUGGUCUCGGCGUAUGCCGAUGAUGUCCUCCUCUCCCUCACGUCUCCGAUCACCUCCAUGAGGGCUGUUCAGGAGACCCUAGCAAUAUUUAGCCCACUCUCAGGGUACAAACCCAACAUGGCCAAGUCCAGUGCCUUACCAAUAGAGUUAACGCCAGACGUGAUAACUCACAUACAUAGAGCUCAUGGCAUCCACAUAGCAACCCACUCAAUCACCUAUUUGGGAGUACAAUUGACUUCAGACCCAUCCAAAAUGCACAAAUACAACUACCCCCCCAUGAUAACUACUCUUAUCAGAGACAUGGAGAAUUGGGUCGACAAGCCCAUCUCAUGGAUGGGCCGGAUUCACUCCAUUAAGAUGAAUCUCCUCCCUAGAAUCCUCUUCCUAUUUCAAGCCCUUCCCCUCCCGCUCGCAAAAACGGACCUGGCCCACCUCCAAAGAGCCAUCGGCAAUUUUAUAUGGCAAAAUAAAAGACAUCGGGUGUCGAGGCACACGCUAUACCGCCCAAAACGAACGGGAGGUCUAGGCCUUCCCAACUUACAUAACUACUACUUAGCAGCCCAGCUUGCCCAGAUUGCAAUGUGGCACUCCCCUAUAGACACGAGGAAAUGGGUAGAACUGGAAUCUCUCCUCAUGGGCUCCGACCUCCCACAAUACUUUAUCUGGGUACCAAAGGAUUCCAGACCCAUACUGCGGACAGCCUGCCCGGCCAUCACCAACUCCAUUCACAUUUGGGAUCAAACAUCUCAGAAAUACCGGCUGUCAUCCUCCCCCUCCCCCCUCAUGCCCUAUCUCAGAAACAGGGCCUUCCCACCUGGAUUAGUGCCACAAGCUUUCAGAAACAUUGAACAUACGGGCCUGCAGAGAGCUUGCCAACUAUAUGUGGAGGGUUCCAUCAUCCCAUUUGACACCAUAAAGCAGGGACACCACUUAACCCCGGCCGAUUUUUUCCGAUACCUCCAGAUCGCAGACUACGCCAGGCAACCGCACACAAAAAAGGCCGCACUCACAUCCCCCACCUUCUUUGAAAACAUAUGCCUUAGAGAGCAAUCUCCCAGAAGCCUAAUCACGCUGUUAUACGCGCACAUAUGCUCAGAAACCAAAGAAUGGGGCAACCUCACAUAUACUGAUCAAUGGGAGAGGGACCUGGGUGAGGUAUUAGAGGGAGUGGAUUGGCAGGAUAUCUGGGAGACGGCGGCCGCCUCCUCCAUCUGUGUUUCCUUCCAGGAACAAUCUUUCAAGACCCUCUUUAGAUGGUACACCACCCCAGUACAACUCCAUCGCAUGCGAAAGACACCCACUGAUCUUUGCUGGAGGAACUGUGGUCUGCGGGGCACAUACAUCCACAUGUGGUGGGGGUGCCCCGUCGUCCGCAGGUACUGGGAGGACGUUAGAGACAUACUGGGACAGGUAUUCCAGAGGGCACCCGCCCUUGACCCGUGGACAUACCUCCUGGGCAGACCUAUUGACGAAUGGCCCAAAUAUGACCUAAAACUAUUCAACAAAAUCACAUUGGCGGCCAGACGAGCCCUCGCACAACGCUGGUUAAAAAUGCAGCCCCCCACCAGGGCAGCGAUCCUGGGGAGAAUAAAAGAUAGUUGCCUAAUGGACGACCUCACAGCAAGGGUGCGCAGUACUCAAAAGGCUUUCGAAAGGACGUGGGGACGCUGGAAGGACUGCCCCCUGGCGGAGUAACCGUCCUUGCGCUUGGCGGGGCCGCGGCCCGGGGGGUCCGAGAGGUGGAAGAUGCUAGUCUGCUUGGUGCCCUCCCCCCUUCCCGCCGCCCUCUCCCCGCCUCCUUCUUCCCCCCCCCCCGUCCCCUUGGGCUCCCCCCGCCUGCCCGGGCGCCUGGUCCACCCACCCCCCCACCCUCCUUUCUAUCUUCACUCUACCUUUCUCUUAUCUUCUUACCCGGGUCCUCGCCUUAGACGAGGGCCCGCUUGAUACAAUAUACACAUUAAGCACACGCAGGCAAUGAUAGCACACUGAAGCGAACUAUCAGCGCAAACACGCACGAAUUCACACGCCAGGCAGGUAGGCGCCAGGGAGUGGAGGGGGGCCCAGUCAGGCCAAAAUGUAUUUCAGUUCUAUCUAGUACAAAGCAGGAGUUGAACGCGGGCUCCACAAUACAGGGGACAAUUUGCAGCUGGAACAAGUCAGAAGGGCCGUCACCUGUAUUUAACAUAGUUGGAGACUCCACAGCAUCAUUAAGAGAUAUCUCAUCGCCCAACGGUACCCCGAAACCCUCCAAUAGCGCUAGGAUAGGCACCACCGAAUGCCUACAGAAACCCACCUUCACGCUCUGGCCACCUGUAACUGACUCAAUAUACAAUAAAAAAUUGACAGCACAAAAGUGAUGUCCAAGCCCCCUAAUAAAGAGUCCUGUGCUACAGGCACUUAUUGUAACAUAAGAUGUCUACCACGCUUAUCAACUGUAUGCCUAUGCUGUAAUAUGUUAUGUUAUACUUGACCACGGUUUAUGCUUAAACCGGAACAUCUUGCCUUGUUCUAUAAUACUUUGUCAAAUAAAAUAAAGAAUUAAAAAAAAAAAAAAAGAAGAUGUAUUCAAAGACGGCUCUCUAAUUAGGCGAGUUAGGCCGCCGAUUAAGGCCUUGCGUCCGCCUUACUUGUCUAAGGGCAGACUGAUCUGUCGGGUACUCGGUUCUUUGACUGAGGGUCUGAUGCCUUGCUUUGUAUGCCGCUGGGUGUUCGGCCUCUCCACUCACUUGUUUUUUUAAGAAAAGGGUAUUUCAAAGUGGAGAGGCUGGUCACUAAACCACAGCCUCCCCACACACUAUUGUCACUUACUUCCACACACCCCCCACACAAAAUAUUACCAACCUCCCCCCACACACUAGCACCCUCCCGCAAUGUCACUAUCCUUACACACUGUCACUCCCCCCACACCCUCUAUUAACCCCUACACACACUGUCCUCCUCCUACCAGGGGCGUACCUGGAGCAUUUGGCACCCGGGGCGGAUCCUAUAUUUGGCACAACCCCCCAACCCCCUCCCCUUAAAAAUGUUAAAUAAUUUUUUUUAUGUCUUUAAUCCUGUCACACUCAUCCCCCCAACCCUGUCUAAUUCACCCCCUCGCUCUGUAACACUUACCCUGCCACAGUUACCCCUUUACUCACCCUGUCACAGUCAGCCCUUCAAGACAUUCAUCAUACACACACAAUCAUGAAACAGCUUCGCCCUAAACACAAUGCACAAAGGCCACAACCAGCCUCCCCUAUCCGCAAACGCACAUAGUGCUCCAGACACAAAUAUAUACAUGUUCACAGAGACAUUCAUUCACACCCAAGGAUACUCUCUGUCAGACACACACUCUCAGGCACAUACACACACAGACAGACAGUGCCAGAGACACUCAGAAAUACACACAGCCAGAUACAUAUUGUGAGUAUAUGAGUCUCUAUUUGUCAACGUGUGUCUCUGUGCAUCAGUGUGUUCAUAUGUGUAUGCAUGUGUGUGUAUCAGAGUAUUUAUAUGUGUUUGUGUAUUAGUGUGCAUAUACGUUCGUGUAACAGUGUGUAUAUGUGUGCAUCUAUUAGUGUGUGUCUAUGGCUGCAAUGUGAGGGUGGUAUGGUAUGGGCAUUGCCAAGGUAAAGUGGCAACAUAUAUAAUAUAUAUACAUAUACAAUACAUUAGUAAAUACGUAUAAAGAACUUAUAUGAUUAUAAAUGUAAAGAUUAUAGAAUAUGUGUGGAAAAUGUAUAUUACACUGUUUCCUUAUCUGUAACUUUAUUGUUUGGUAAAUGAUUUUUUCAAAGCUUUUUUGCCCAACCAAUAUUUCCAUUUUUGUUUCCAAUAACCCUUUCACACCGGCACUUGUGUAUACAUGGCUGCCAGGCUAUACAACCAUAAGCUGCAAUGGUGUGUAAAUGAUUUGCAUAAUUGCAAAUUACAUUUGUUAUUGCAAAUUAUGCCAUAACUACAGUCAGAGAGCUUACAACACAGCGACAUAGGGAGCAAGUCUGUGAAUGAUAAAUAUAGAGACUAGCUUGUAAGCCCACCUUCAAUAUAACUACAGCUCCUUAUACACACACAGUGCAACCCCUAUUUAUUUUUGCACUAUGGGUGUUAGGGGGGGCCUCAUGUUUGAGUGUUACUUUCAACGCACUAAUGUAAUAACUGGGAGAUAAAUCUCCUCACACUGACGAUAACCAUGCACAAAACACAUAGGUGGACUUGCUAGGUCCCAGAAGCACCUGGGGCUUGAGGCCAAUGGAAAACUCAAUGAACCCUACACUAACAGAGCAGUGGGGAUAUGUAUUAACAGUUCCUGACCUUUCUACCCAUUCUAUGUUACGUCCCCUCCUCUCUACACAUGAACAGAGUGAUUUAAGGGCCCUAAUCCAAUCCACAUCUUAAGGAAUGUGAUUGAUAAAUUGAAGAUGUAACGCCGACAGAUUGCAAUUCCUCGCCAUCAAGAGCCGUGGGACUGCAAAUCCACUUUCCAUGUUCUUAUAGUGGAUUUACCUUUAGAAAAUUGAACUUUAUUCUUCUUAGUGGUAACAGUCGCACAAAUCAUUCCAUGGGGAGAUAAAAUGUAGAAGCCUGUGUAUUAAAUAUCAUCUUAAUGCACUUGUCAGGUCUAGGCUGAUAAAACAGCAUCACGUCCCCUUAUAACUGAAUUAAAAGUGAGGCAGCUAAGAUAGAAAAUCAUUUGAAACUUAAUCCUUUUGAGAAAAAGGCAAAGAUCUUGGUGCCGGUUAAGGUCCAAUGAUUCCGUGCUCUCCCUAUCACCUCAUCCCCCUGGCUUAGGUGCUCUGCACACACUGUUCAAUUCAGACUCCUCUACAGUGUGGAAGGGUGUCACUUGCAAUUUCUGUAUGUAGCAGAGGAAUUCACUUUCGGGCUCCAACUGGGAAAUAAAUUUCUCAGCAGAGCACUGUGGUGGUUAUGGUGCCCGGAGUGUCCUGGGGAACGGGCACAGUUUGCUUUUUUUUUUUUGUCUUUUUGCUGAUGAUACUAAGAUUUGCAACAUGGUUCAUAUUCCAGGAGGGAUAAGCCAAACGGCAAAUGAUUUAGGUAAACUAGAAAAGUGAUCAGAAUUGUGGCAACUGACAUUUAAUGUGGAUAAGUGCAAGAUAAUGCAUCUUGGACGUAAAAACCCAAGGGCAGAGUACAGAAUAUUUGAUAGAGUCCUAAGCUUGGAGGAAAGACGUGACAGGGGGGAUAUGAUAGAAACAUUUAAAUACAUAAAGGAAAUCAACACAGUAAAGAAGACUAUUUUUAAAAGAAGAAAAACUUCCACAACAAGAGGACAUAGUCUUAAAUUAGAGGGGCAAAGGUUUAAGAAUAAUAUCAGGAAGUAUUACUUUACUGAGAGGGAAGUGGACGCAUGGAAUAGCCUUCCAGCUGAAGUGGUAGAGGUUAACACAGUGAGGGAAUUUAAGUAUGCGUGGGAUAGGCAUAAGGCUAUCCUAGACUUAAAAUAGGGCCGGAGACUAAUGAAAGUAUUUAGAAAAUUGGGCAGACUGCUGUCACAUUCUAUGUUUGAACUCUUAUCUGGAGUCCGUUAAGCAUCACUUCCCACCUCCACUCAGUGAGAGACGUUUUCUUCGUCGAAAAGUGCAGGGCUUAGCUUAUUGUUUGAGAGCACUGUCAGCCAAUGAGCUAGCCAUGCAUUGCAGGGCUUAGCUCAGGUCGACUCUAAAGAUGUCUGACUCACUGGCUGUAGUGCACUGUAGUGGUUAUAGUGCUUGGUGUGAUCUUAUAAAUCUGAAAUUAACUUUGAACUCUUAGCUUUAGAAAUUCUUAACUUAAAAAUCUCACUUAACCUUGUUAGUUCAUCAGGUUCAACCUUUCACACACCCUUGGGGUUUUUGCCCAGGUGAUCUUCAUGUUUGGCAAAACUCCAGCUCCAAAAUGGCAGAUUCCAAAUUCCUACAUGGAUCAAUUGUACUUUCUACUAAAGUUCCAUUUUGUACUCCUCUGAGUGAACAUUUCCAUAUGUUGGGGGGGAGGGGACGACUGUAUCCAAUGUUGUUGAGCAUUAUAGUAGUGAAUUAAUUGCUAUAUUACUAUAACUUUCAAAGGGAAACAAUCCUACAAUGUUUGCUUAGGUUAGUUAUUCACAAUGCAGGAACUUGGGCAGAAUUAACCAAGGAAUAUUCACAUUUUAGACCAAAACUGCUGACUGGGAAAAUAUAAAUUGGAUAUUUUUUUUAAAUUUUUGUCAGAAAAUUAUAAUCCCCAUGUAGCCCAUGGAUCAGCGCAGCUAAGAGGAAUAGGCCUUGACAGGGCCAGGAGGAAGGAUAUUGCAGCCACAGGGAGUUAGUGACAGCUAGCAUGCUGGGUAGGGCGGAACGAUAAGGGGUGUAUUUAUACCAGCCAUUAUAUGAAGUGGCCAUUUUAACUGAAUCUAAGCUUACCUUUCAGUUGUCCCUCCCACCCUCCCUGUAUUUGGUUAGGUUAGUUGAUUUCCAGUUUUUUCACAGCGGCGGGGAAUGGCCUGGUUAAAUCGGAGGGUUGAUGGAGGAGAAGGUGGGCAUCCUGAGGUUUAGUGUGGAUUGGGCAGUGUUGCACGUGGUUGGUAGGUUCGAGCCUGUCGGUGGCUCCGAACCUGGGGGUGUGGUGGUGUCUUGGUACACCCUACACUGGAACUGGUGGGUAGCGGUGUCUUGGUACACCCCUACAAUCGAUAUGGUGGGUAGCGGUGUCUCGGUACACCCCCACAAUCGAUAUGGUGAGUAGCGGUGUCUCGGUACACCCCUACAAUUUAACCUGGUGGAAAUGUUUCUGUAUUAACAUGUUAUUUAGAUUGUUAUUAUUGUGGGGUCAUUGCUAGGGGUAUGUUAUGUAUAUGGGGGGAUGUUAACUUUAAUAAGAUUUGUUGGCAAUGACCCCAUUUGUUAAUCCUUAAUUAUUUUAUUAAUAAUUUAAUAAAGCUGUGGACUAAUUAUUUCCAACAGUAUAACCUGUGUCCGUGUUUUUAAGGGGGUUUGGGUAAGGUUAGCGCAUAUGCCGGCAAAUCCGACUGUGCGCCUGUCAUGUCAAUUCUCCAAAAUCUGUUUGCCAAUUAAAAUCAGCUGCCAGAAAAGCUUAAUAUACAACAAAAUAAAUCUGCAGGAAGAUAACUCUCUGCUAUUCUCAUUUUUCAAGUUGAUAAACAGGUUCCAUUAAAGAAGAAAUCACUGUCUCUUUUCAUUUUAUUUUUUUAAGUGACACUUUGUUGUUUGGGGACCCAUCAAAACAAAUAGGCUAUACAUCACAAGCUGCCGUGAAAACAAACACUAUUCCUUAACUAGGAUAUAUUACUCUAAGGGCUUGUGAAAUCCAACAUAAUACCGUGAUUGCAUAGGCCCCUGUCUUCCGAUAGAGCUGUGACAAUAUAUUUUAACAGACGUGGAAGCAUUUUAAAUCAAUUUAUAGAUUCUUUUGAAAAAAAAAACAACAACAAAUAAUUGUAGUAACAGUAUCUUCUCCACACAGGAUAGAAAGAGAUGCUGUGUAUACACAAAGGAAAGCCGAGAGGGCAACACUUCGAACCCAUUUUAGAGACAAGUACCGUCUACCCAAGGUAAAGAAUCACAGUUGACUUAUUGCAAUGCUAUGUAUGCAGAACCACGGCUCUAUCAGGAUAAAGUACACAUAUAAAGAGGAUCUGGUAGAUCAGGGGUUCUCAACCCAGUCCUCAGGACCCCCUACCAGUCCAGGAUUUGGGGAUUACCUGGGUGUGUCUAAGGUGUUUAGAAAAAGGGAAGAAAAAAAAACCUUAGACUCUAAGGUGUUUAUUUUUUUCUUUUUCUAAACACCUUAGACACACCCAGGUAAUCCCUAAACCCUGGACUGGUAGGGGGUCCUUGAGGGCAAGGUUGAGAACCCCUGUGGUAGAUGCAAUAGGAUGGUGUCAGUAUAUAGAUAUGAAAGAUGGAUGUCCGUAUAUAGAGGAUAUCAACGAUGGCACACACAUACAUAAUGCACGAGAACACAAUACAGCUACAGGUCUGAUAUGCCAAGCCAUCCGACUUAACGUAUUUUAGUAAUUCAGACUACGAGUCAAAUGCAGACUUUGUUCGUAACAUUACAGAGUGAUUUUAUAUACCUCCCCACCCUCUGAUUUCAGAGAUGUAUUUAUACACAGCCUAUGCAGUAUAAGAUGAAUAAUCUGUACUAUUCAAUUCAGUUUUUUAUUAUGCAGGUUAUAUUUUUUUAGGUCAACUUUAGCGACAAUUAGGCAAGCUGCGAUUCUUAGUGGAGUAUUGGUGUAUGGGACAUUAUUAAUCCAUAAACUGCAACUAGGAUGGGAAUACAAAAAGCAAAGUGCAAUAUAAUAUCAGCACUAGUAAUACCGUAGGUGAUUAUUAUAUGAAUAUGUGAUUUAUAAUACACUUCUACACGUGUGGCGGAACUUCGAAAACCACACUACAAAAAUAAAGGAUGUGAUUCCGGUUCUGUACAGAGAAGGCUUUGGAACAUUUUAGUAGGAUUAAGGCACCACUUUACUUAGCACCCAUGCCUAUCAAUGAGUAACACCAAUAUUUAAGAUCAUUCCCCUGUCUAACUAUUACCUGGGCCCUUGACACCUGUCUAAAGUUUCCUUAUGGGUAAUCUAGACCAGUUAUUAAAAAUGCAUUUAAAACGAACAGGACCUAAUUAAAUGUACGUUGCACACAACCAUCCCUCGUAUCAUUGCCAUACAAUACCUUGUUUCUUUGUUCUUAAUUCUCUCAAAGUGAAGUUUCCGUGGUGGCUUUGAGAAAUCCCAUUUUUUUAAAUCCCUUUUAAUUCAUGACCCCAUACUUGAAAAAAGUAAAUUGCAUCUAUAGGAAACCAUUCGGAUGUAGAACUUUGGUUUUGCAAUCAUGACUUUUUGUAAGAGAAAUAAACUUUCGUAAAAAUGUUGACUCCAUAAAAGGAAGUUUUAAGCUGAACCUACUCACAUGAUGGUGAUUUCAAAUAUUAAAUACUGCUUGUGUAACCCUUUCUCUCUAGAAUGAGGUUGAUGACGCACAGAUCCAGCUAGCUGGGGGAGAUGUAGAACUUCCAAAGGAGUUGGCCAAGAUGAUUGAAGAAGAUAAUGAGGAGGAAGAGGGUCGCUCAUCAGUUAUUGGACAGUUGAGCAGCAUUCAAAACCUCGACCUUGACUCUAUUAAAGGAAAGGCUCAAUCCACACUCGAUGAUCUCAAGCAAUCAGCGGAGAAGUGUAUAGUCAUGUAAUUUCUUCACACGGUCCUCUGCUGGUCCAAAUCAACUGAUAAAAUGUGGCAGACAGGCUAUCACAUGACCUUAAUCUCACUGCAGACAUUAGGCAAGCUUAGCCUUGGUCACUAUAUGUGUUAAAUUAGGCAAAUUCCACCAGUUUUAGUGGUCACAAUAUAACUCCCCCCCCUAGUUUAUGACUUACAAAACUGAACUACACAUUCUAAUCUCUGGGAUACAUUAACCUUGCUUCUAGUCAUUAAGAACAUUAAUAUCCAAGAUCUUCCAUAAUUUGGGAGGAGGGGAGGGGGGAAAUUGGUUUAAUACCAUAUUUGGAUUUAUCUCUUCAAAUCGAACAAGAGAGAAGAAUGGGUACAAUGGGUAUCACUUAUCAAUCAACAUGUAAUAACCCACCUUUAGCCUCUCAAAUCUUAUCUACCAGAUUUAAGGGUGGGUUACGAAGGAAGAUACAACAUAAAUUGUCCUCUGAGCCCACCCAGUUAUAAAACACAAGUAACAAUUAAAAACUGUAUCUUAAUGUUUAUUUUAACAGGGGAUGGAGGCCUGUUAGUACGAGGUUAUCGUAUACUAGUUUUCUACUGUCACAGGUAUUAGUAGUAAAAUAUUUGCUUAAUAGUAGAGUCUCAAAACAACUAGAUGAAAAAAAGAGGUCUUAGUAAAUGGAUAGUACGAAGGGGCAGGUUCAGAGAGUUUAUUUAAUAAGUGAAACCUUGUAUUAAACUAAGACUUUGUAUUGUAUAGAGUAUGGAGUAUGGAAUGAAGACAUCCCAUUCACUUACACAAUGGGAUGGAAUCUAAUCUGUGACAAAGUGUGUAAAGCACCAGACCCUGUAUUGUUCUGUGUAUACAGGAAAAAGUAGAUCAGUACUGUAAUGCGUUUUGUAAAUAUCACAUCCUGUAAUGUACAGUAAGUAGGAGGUGACCUAUUUUAUAUUACAGUGAGUAGAUUUUAGAAGCAGUGUGUGACUCAAACUUGGCACUGGUCGGAGCCAGUAGCGAUCAGUGUACAAGGCCAGACCUGGUACAGAUUAGGGCACAGCACAAGCACAUGACCAGUACGGUGUGAUAUUAUAUAAGACAGGGUCAGAGCCAGCGUUAUUGUGGGUGCUGGUACAUUGAUAUUAUUACUGAGAACAAAGCCAUAUCGCAGUUGAAGGAAGUGACAUUACACACUUCAGACCUUGACUAAAAAUAGAAUAAGGCAAGGUCUACAGCUUUAGAGAUAAAGGGGGAGAUGCUGGACUUGUCAAGGGUCUCCUGCUACACUCCCGGGGGUCCAGCACUGGGUUGUUGUUCAGUAUGUAGCUGCAGUACAGUUCAAAGUAGAACUGUGUGUUUUAUUCUUUGUACUGUCAAUGUUUAUGUACAAAACAUUUGGAUUUAUAAAACUUUGUGAUUAAAAACUCAGUGUGGAAAGAGUGUGUGAUUUGAAACAUUGCACUUUAUGUAAUAAUAUUAAUAGAUUUUUACUGAUAACACACCAAAAUAUUCCACAUCUGCCUGGCUGGAUGUUGCACAAAAAUAGUAACACUGUUCUAUAAACGUGUCACAUACAAUUGUGACCUGCCUUGACACAGGUGAGUUUUGUUUUUGGAUUGAAUACCUUUAUUUAGAACCAGCUAGGACAAAAGUUUUUUUACCUUUUAUCCAUUGCAAACAUAUGUUGACAUUUACCAUAUCAUUUAAAAAUUGGCAAACAGGCUAGGAAUAUUAAAGCUCCCACUGUGCCAUGCGGUCUUCCCUUUACCCAUCAGAGAGUAAUGUCCAAUUCAAGAUUAAUUUCAUUUGCAGGCUUGAGAAGGGAACAAUGAAGAUUUUCAGCUGUCAGUCAUUAACUGCUAGUAUUAGCAUCCUCCAUUUUAGAUAUUAGGUCUCCUGGACAGGCUCAGGAACGCAUCAAUCAAUAAACCUCCCCAAAAAAGGAAUCCCUCAAAAACAGGCGCAGUGAUUAUUCAUAUACCUUUUUUUUUUUUUUUUUGAUACUGUAACUCAGUUUCAAGUAAUACAAUAACCCAAAUACUAUGAAUUAUG